UGAUAUGAUUAAUAUUUUACGAGAUAUAAAAAAGCAGUUUUGACUAACUGCAGAUUUCGUAAGUAUUUUUCUAGCAAAAAGUGAUCAAGUUAUUUAGUCACUUUUCGCAUGUCAAUAUUAAAUAUAUAUAAAAAUAUUGUUUAAGCAAAAAGUGACCAAGCUAUUUAGUCAUUUAUUACAUGUGUACCAAAAACGUUUGAUUUGUACAGUUGGUACUUGGUCAUUAAAUUAUUAAUAAAUAAUAAUCAUAAAAGUAAAAAAUAUUGAUAAUGAUUGACGUAUAAAAAUAGGAAAUUAUAAAUAUCUAUAUUUUAUAAAUAACAAAUCUAUGGUAAUAAUUCACGUGACAUGGAUAUUAUUAUCACCCAAAAUAUUAUUGAUAAUAUUAUAAACUUAUUUAAUUAUUUACUUGUCAUAGUUGUUAGUUGUUUUUAUAUUUUAUUCAUCAAAAUAAAAAUUUAGUUCACUGAAGUACAGCUAUUUAAAAUGAAUAAUCGAAGUAAAAAGCUUGUUGCAUUGUGCAAAAGUAAUAACAAAUCAAAUAAUGCUAAUCCUCAAACAAUUCAAUCUCUGAAUGUAAUCAAUGAAUCAAAGAUAGUGCAUUUAGAAAAUAAUAUCCAAGUCUCAAGUUCACAGAACUUUAUUAUGAAAAAAUUUCUGAAUGAUGUAAUUACAGUACCAAAAUCAAUUGACAUUGAUUAUCAAAACUAUAGUAACAAUAUUACCUCAUACAAUGAUCAAGACCUGAACAUACUAGAAUCAACUGAUAUUAAUACACAAUCAGUAACUGGACCAUCUCAGAUAGAUCUACCUAAUAAUAAUCUCACAGAAAACAAUAAUAAAGAAACUGAUACAUUAAUUAACAGUAAUACACCAGGUUCAAAUUAUAAUACUAGAUUUCAAUUAAAUAAACAAUAUUCUACUGAUCAAAAUGUACAUAAUAAUAAGAUAUUAUUAGAUAGUAGUGAUGAAUGUGAUGAUAGUGGUGAUGAAUGGCAACCCUAUAAUAAUAAAAAUAAUGCAAUUGACUCUGAUAGUGAUGGUGUGAUAGGGACCUGCAAUGAUGAAAAUAUUUUUGGUGUGAUAAACGUUACAGAAAAUACAGAAAAUAAGAAAACAGGAGAACAGAAUAUAAUUAAAUCAGUGAUAAAUUAUAUUAUUGAUGAAAUUUGCAAUCAAAGUAAAGACACAUUACUUGAAGCAUUAGAUGAAACCGUGAAUAGUCAAAGUAAAAAAUUGGUUAGAAGAGUAAGGGGUGAUGCAAGUAAAUGGAAAAAAAAUGUUAUUUCUAAAGAAAAAAAAAAACUUAAAAAACCUAAGGCUAUUGAUUGUUCCCACUGUAAAUUUAAAUGCUCUAUUAAUUUUGAUGAAAGUUAUAGAAAUGAAGUUUGUAAUAAAUUUUGGGCUUUAGAUUAUAACCGCCAAAAAGAUUUUAUUUUAGCCAAUGUAAAUAUAAAAUCUGUCAAACGCCAUGUCCCAAUAACAAAUAUUAGAAAAGCUAAGGAAAACUCAAAAGUAUAUAAUAAAGCAUUUGAAGGAUUAGGCACAGACACUGGAUUAUUCAUGGACCAUGAUAAAAGAGGCAAAGCACCAUCGGUGAAUAAAUCUUCUGAUGAAAUUAUAGCUAAUAUUAAUUCACACAUAGAAAAAUUUCCUACAGUUGAAUCCCACUACUGUAGAUCUACAUCUAAACGUCAAUAUUUAGAUCCAAAUUUAUCUAUAUCAAAGAUGUAUGAGCUGUAUGUGAAAGAAUGUAAUGAAACAGGUCAAAAACAAAAAGAUCAAUGUUUAACUUGUGAAAAGUAUAACAAAUCUGCAAAACCUCAAUCCAAAGACAUGGUUAUAAAUUAUGAAAAUCACAUCCGGAGACGUGAUGAAUCUUUUGCUGCAAAAAAAUUAGAUAAAGAACGAGCUACAAGUGACCAAUCUUUUUGUAGUGCUACAUUCGACCUUCAAAGUGUCCUCUAA